AUGCAACAAUUAUUUUUUUGUAUAAUUUUGUUUUCAACAUAUUGCAUUUUAACAAAAGGAUCAUGGACAAAAUGUAGUGAAGAGAACGAAAUACAAUAUUAUGAAAAACUAGUAACCAGAAGCAGAAAAAAUGCUUUAGCAGCUGUUUUAUCUACAAAUGCCAGAGAAUACCAACCGAAAAAUCAAACAGUUAUUGAUUAUGGUGAAUAUGAUUUCAUAAUAGUUGGUUCAGGAUCAUCUGGUUCAGUAUUAGCUAACAGGCUCUCGGAAGUAGACCAUUGGAGAAUUUUAGUGUUAGAAGCUGGAGACUUUGGUAACGAUGAAACUGAUAUGCCUGGCUUGUACGCAGAUCUACCUUUUACCGACUAUAACUGGGGAUUCAAAACUCAACCACAACAAACUGCUUGUUUAGGUAUGGUAAAUAAACAAUGUAUGUUUCCACGUGGGAAAGGUUUUGGUGGCACCAGUCUAAUCAACAUGCUGGUUUACUCCAGAGGUUCCAGUCUAGACUUCGACAAAUGGGGAGAAGUAGUGGAAGAUUCAAGAUGGUCGUAUAACUCAGUUCUACCAUACUUUAUAAAAUCAGAAAAAUUUAACCACCGUGAUCAGAAAGCUCCAGUUAACUGGACAGUUCAUGGUACCAACGGUUUAUUGAACGUUGAGUACCAUUUACCAAGAAAUCCUCAAGCAGAUGCGUUUAUUGAAGCCAAUAGGGAAAUAGGAGAACCGAUUGCGGAUUAUAAUGGAGGUACAGGAUUGGGAGCGUCUGUUUAUCAAACAACAACUUUACAUGGCAAAAGAGAUGACACUGGGAAAGCCUUUUUACAACCAUUUCUAAAAAGGAAAAACUUGAAACUUAAAAAAUAUAGUUAUGUAACAAAAAUUUUAAUUAAUCGUAAAAAUAAGACAGCAGAAGGAGUGAUAUUUUCCUGUCGAAGAACUAAGAAACAGUACACGGUUAGAGCCUCCAAAGAAGUAAUCAUAAGCGCUGGUACUGUGCAAACUCCACAACUAUUAAUGCUAUCUGGAAUUGGACCAAAACGACAUUUACACUCGUUAAAAAUUCCUGUUGUACAAGAUUUAGAAGUGGGAAGUAAAUUAAAAGAUCAUCCCAUGGCUUUCGUUAUUAACUUCUCAACAAAAAACUAUAGUGCUCCAAUUCGACCUCUCAGAGAUGAUGUUGUAGAUUAUCUGAAAGGAGUCGGACCAUUGACUUCUCAAGGAAAUUCACUGGCAGUUGGAUUUUACGAAUCUUCAUACACCAAAGGAACCGGCUUGCCUGAUAUAGAGCUUAUAAUGUAUGUAUCCAACUCUACAGGUCCUACGUCUCAAAAACAGUUUGGUCUCACUGACCAAUCAUACAGCAAGACGUGGAAAGACGUAAAUGUGACGACCAAUUGCCUAAUAUUGGCUGUAGCGUUGCAUACUGCUUCAACAGGUUCAAUAAGACUUAAGAGCUCUGACCCCUACGAAUAUCCUUUAAUAAAUCCCAGAUUUUUAUCAGAUCCGAAGAGUGAAGACAUAGAAAAGUUAUAUGAAGGCUUGAUGCUAUCUCUAAAAUUGAUUAAGACUAAAGCCUUUCAGAAAAUUGGAGCUAAAAUUGAUGAAAGACCAUUAACAGCGUGUGAGAACUUCGAGUAUGCAAGUAAGGAUUAUUGGAUGUGUGCCAUAAGACAGUUAUCGACGGAUGUUUAUCAUCCUACCUCCACCUGUCCAAUGGGACCUUAUCCUGUUAAAGGUGAUGUUGUUGAUUCUGUUUGUAGAGUUCACGGAAUGAAACAGCUGAGAGUAGUGGACGCCAGUGUCUUUCCUUUUACUUUAGGUGGACACGUUAAUGCACCUACUAUAAUGGUAGCUGAAGUUAUUUCAGAUGUGAUUAAAAAAGAAUAUAAUAUAAAUGUAUGA